AUGAAAUUUUACCCAAUUCCAUAUUUGCUUCUUGUGCCUCAAAAGUUUUUGCUUGUGUUUCCUUUUUCAAUCAAUCAGAAAAGGAAGAUUGAGCAGUGGCUUUGGAUGAAAGGGGAGUUACUAAUAAUUCCUGGGGGAAGUCUCAAGUUUGAGCACUCACGGUUGGUUGGUGGUACUUGGCCGUGGGCAUACCCAGCUUUAUGCUUUUCAUGUGGUUACUUUGCAUACGAUCAGUGGGAUAUGCUGCACUACCGGUUAUACAGUGGAUUGAUUCCUUCCAUCCUUGUGCAUCAUCUGUCGCUAUUGGUUUGCUUCACUCUUGCUUUAUACCGAAAUAUUACUAUCAACUAUCUUAUUCUUACUCUCAUUUGUGAGCUACAUUCCAUAUUUUUACAUGUGAGGAAAGUAAGACGGAUGGCUGGGAUUCGUGAUGCCAAGAGUAGAAUUGUUAGGGUGGAGUGGAUUCUCAGUUGGACCAUGUUUGUUCUUGCGAGGUUUGCAUCUCAUGUUCUGAUCACUGUCACUAUUAAAGAUGCUUCCAAGUUUGAAAAGGGCAUUGAGUUGCCACUUGCUUUGUUUGGGAUGUUUGGCAUGAACUUGCUUAAUUUUUUCCUUGCCAUUGAUCUCUUCAAGGCUUUCAGGAAGGAGAGAACACCAGCACAGAUGAAUAAUCAUCAUGCUGAUUGACUGAUACAAUGAAGGCCCCAAAAAAGAGUUUGUAACUGUAUCAUAGAUAUUCCAUUUUUUUCAUUGUUUUUUGUACAGGAAAAACACUUCAGCUUAUGGUGAAAGGAAUAGUGCUCUGUAAAAUAACAGGAAGUCAUUAGCCAUGAAUAUAUUGAUUUAUAUCAGACAAUUUAGUUUAUACAGAUGGUGAUAAAUAUAUUGUAAAACCUGUCUUGACAACAAAA